AUGCAAAAUAUAAUUACACAGGUUUCCCAGGAUGGUUCUGGUGUAAAUCCAUUACUUCAUGAUAAUAGUUUAGGUCCCGAUAAUCAAGAAUAUUAUGAAGGUAUGGAGAAUGAUGCUUAUGGAAAUUCUUUAAUUCAUUUAAAUAUUCAAGAAAAUCAUUAUUUUAUUACUAGAGAUCAAUUAAUGUCAUUACCAGAAUCUUUACUUUUAUGUUUAUUCCCAUCUGGUGUAUUUUUAGAUAGAGAUGGCCAAGUUAUUACAAACUUAACGCCUGAUGAUGAAGUAUAUAUUAUGAAUUUCCCACCUGAUUGCUUUGAAUAUAUUAUGGAAGUUUUUACUAAAGCUCAUGAUGAUAUGAUUAAUCAUCCUGUAGAGAAGUUAUUUGCACGUAAUUCAGGUAAUAAUUUAGUUAAUAGCGCUAAAGGAUUUUUCGGAUUCAAUAAUAAUAGUAAUGGUAAUAAUAAUAGUACUAAUGGAAAUGGUACCCCAAAUGAACAUAAUAUUUUACAUCAAAAACCAGCAAUUAUUUUAUUAAGAGAAGAUUUAGAUUAUUAUUGUGUACCACAACAACAAUUUAAAUUUGAAUCUUCAAUGGUGGAUACAAAUGGAGAUAAUGCAAAUAUGGAUCCGGAGACAAUACGUGAAAAUAAUAAUGAUUUAUUACAUCAUUUUAUGGCUCAAAUUAAAAUAGCUGCAGGCAGUUAUCUAGCGAAUAAAACAUCUGUAUUACAAGGUUUAUUCUCAUCCAAUAGACUAAGGUAUCAAAACACUAAUAACAAUAAUAAUUCGUCAGGUAAAUCUCAUCCCAACGAUAAUAAUUCGACAAUGACUAAUGAAUUGGAUUUAAGUAAAUUAUCCAGUAAGAGACUAGGUCCUGCAGAACAACAUCUAAUGGAUAUGUUAUGUUCAUCCGGAUUCACAACUCAGUCGUUAUGGGGUAAUCGAACUCAAGAAGCUGGUAAGACUGUGAUAAGUUCUCUAUCAUUAUGUAGACUUGCUAAUGAAAGUACAGAAAUGUUUAGAACUGCAUACAAUGAAGCAAAAUUAAAAUGGGAAAUGGAUCAUGGUUUGAAUGGUGCUAAUACGCCAUCAGAGACAAAUCUAUCUGCUACGGCGUCUGCAUCAUCAUUAAAUUCUGCAACACCUCAUCAUCACCAUCAUAGUAGUAGUAGUAAUAAAGUUGGUUCUCGUACAGUGAGCAGUAGUAGUGGAUUAAAGAGUUCAGCUACAUCAUCAGAUAUAUCUGCAAUCUCUAAUAAAGAUAGUAAUCGUACACCAAGGAAAGAUAAGAAGAAAUCAAGGUUUUCCGUACUUGCAGAUAAUGUUCGUUCUCAUUCGUCAUCAAGAAAUAGUUCACAAUUAAGACUUGGUGGUAGUAGUAUUAAUAUUACAGGAAAUCAUUCAAAACAUCCACCUGAAUUACCAAAAGUUUAUGAUUUAGUACCCAAACCUGACAUUAAUGAAAAAUUAUUAUUAUUUUGGAGAAAGCCUGCUAGAAAAUGUUGGUGGGGGGACGAAGAGAUUGAAUUAGAGGUUGAAAUUUAUGGAACAUGGGCAGAUGAUAAACAUACUACAAUUAAAUUAAAAUUACCAAGUAUGACUAAUACGGAAGCCGAAUUGAAUAAAAUCAGCGUACCAGUGAGGUUGCAUAUUCGUAGAGUAUGGACUUUAGAGCUAAGUGUUAUUGGUGUGCAGUAG